AGAUGGAAGAGCAGCGGCUCUCCUUAAAGGCGACGUGCUGGCAGUCAGGUGCGACCGUGAGGACCUUCUGACGUCGCAGCUGCCGCGUGGACCUGGGGGGGGGAAGAUGGACACACAAGGGAGGCGAGGACGGAGCGGCCAUGUUGAGUGAAUGAAUGAAUGAAUGAAUGAAUCAGUGAUUUCAUGUUUGCAGGUCCGGUCCACGAUGGAGUCGUCCCACCUCCUGGCCGCCGCUAAGAAGCGCGUGAAGAUCCACCCUCACACGGUCACCGCCAAGUACGCCAGACACGCCCCCUACUCCCCGCAGCCUGGCGGCCACACCCACUUCCCCCAGCCCGGGGACGAAGGCUACGACGACGCGCCGUCUUUCGAGGACUUCGGCUCCUUCCUGGAGGAGACCUCGGACCGCAAGCGGCUGACGGAGGCCAAGCGGUGGCCCCUGAGUCUGUUCGGGUCCCGGGACAAGGAGAAGGGCGCCGCCCCGGGACCCCAGGCGGAAUGCGGCGGCGAAGCCGGAGCCAAGGCGGCGAAAGGAGUCGGGGAGCAGCUGGCCAGUUUCGGGGAGGCGUCCGUGUCCGCGUCCCGGCUCACCUGGGUGGGAGUUCUGGGGGCGGCGCUGGCGAACGGCUGCGUGAUUAUUCUGACUCGUGUGGCGUCGGAGCGGCUGGGCUUGGGCGCCAUCUUCCUUCUUUUGGCGCGCUGCGUGGUGCAGCUGCUGGCCGUGGUGGUGCCGCUCCACCGGGGGGAGAACCCCUUCGGACCGGAAGGCUGCCGUCCGCGUCUGGUGUGUUACGGCGUGGCCUACUCCCUCUCGCUCUGCUGCGCCUACUCUUCGCUGACCUUUGCCGCCCCGGACACCGCCGCCACCACCUGGCGCCUGGCGACCACGGCGCUGUCGGCCGCCCUCGCCUUCCUGCUGCUGGAGGAGCGCCUGGGGCUGGCGGACGGCAUCACAUUAGGGGCGGGACUGUGCGGAUUGGGGGUUCUCCUACUUCCGGCGGCGGAUGAGAGCAACUCCGACUCCCCGGCUGACCCAGUGGCGUUCUGGAGGGGGGCCUUCGGGUGGUCCCUGGCCGCGCUGGCCGGGCUGUGGAUGGCCCUGGCCCUGGUCGGGUACCGCUCCCUGAAGGAACGAGUGGGCGCGGCCACGGCUCUGUUCACGGUGAGUUGGACUGGGUGCCUGCUGGCCCCGCUGGCGCUGGUUCUGCUCCAGGAGGGUUGGUCUUGGCCCCAGGGAGCCCAAGCCUGGGGCAUGAUCCUGGGGUUGGUGGCCUGCUCGGCCGCCGCGUUCCUAGGGGUGACCCACGGCCUGGCCCGCCUCCACCCGGCGCUGGUGUCCGCCUGCCAGAGCGUGGAGGUCCCCCUGGCCACGGCGCUGCACCUGGCCCUGCUGCCCAUGGCGCCCACCGCCACCGAGGUGGUGGGCAACGCCAUGGUGAUUCUGAGCGUGGGCUGGCUGGUCGCCGUCAAGCUGCUCCCUUCCCGCGGCGCCGCCCGGCGCCACCGGGAGGAGUACGAAGAGAUCCUGGACUCGCCCAUUAAAUAAACUCUAAAUACCUCCGCCAAGCACAAAGCUCAUGAAAUGGUCGCCAUUUCUUUGUUUCAUGGCCACUUUUACUCCACUUUAUUACCUCUGCCAAGCACAAAGUUCAGUAUUGAUCGCCAUUUCUUUCUUUCAUGGCCAGUUUCACCCCCGACUCGCUCGAUGCCAACAACAACAAGAAGGACACAUAAAUUCUUGCAAGGUUCUGGGAACUACCAAGUGGUGAGUCCGGGCUGGUUUCUGACUUCAUCCAACGCCCGCUUUUGGCUCCGAGAUGUGGGCGGGGCUAGACGUGACAGGCGGAAGACAGUAUUUCACGGCGAAAUAGUUUCGUGUUUUUGUUGUGUCGUCAUGUGGAAUGUUCACGCAGGAUUGGAAGAAAAUGUGCAAAAAAAAAACAACAACAACCCGGAGGGAAACAUAAAGUGUGUGAAUAUUGUGUACAUUAAAUGUUGUUCAACAA